AUGUCGUCAGUAGAGAUAGAAGCAGCAGAGUAAGUUUUUUACCUUUAAAUUGUAUAUUGUUUUAGUGUUGUUCGGCUGAUUGAACAAUAUUUGAAAGAAAACAAUUUACAUCGAACUUUGGCCACUUUACAAGAAGAAACGAAUAUCACGUUAAACACAGUUGACAGUCUCGACACCUUCCAAACAGAUAUCCUUUAUGGACACUGGGACAAAGUUUUAAAAGUGAUUCAACCUCUAAAAUUGCCAGCAAAGAAGCUCAUUGAUCUUUAUGAACAAGUAAGUCGUUGGUAGCAUUAAAGUUAUCGCUUUUUAGAUUGUGAUUGAACUUGCCGAAAUGAGAGAGAUUGGUUCAGCCAGAUUGGUGCUAAGGCAGUCCGAUCCUUUGUUAUUAUUGAAGACAGCAGAUCCAGAAAGAUACGACAAAUUGGAAUCAUUGUUAGGAAAAACUUAUUACGAUCCUCGAGAAGUGUACCCAGAGAAUAUGAACAAGGAAAAGAAACGAAUAGCUAUUUCACAGGUAUGUUUAUUAUUCAUUUUAUACAUUGUUUUAGUCUUUGGGAGCUGAAGUUAAUGUUGUACCACCAUCAAGACUGUUAGCACUGUUGUCACAAUCUUUGAAAUGGCAACAGCAUCAAGGUCUACUACCUCCAGGAACACAAAUUGAUCUUUUCCGUGGUAAAGCAGCUGUGAAGGAACAAGAAGAAGAACAUUACCCAACAAUUGAAGCUCGAGCCAUUAAGUUUGGGGCCAAAAGUUAUCCAGAAAGCAGUUCGUUCAGUCCUGAUGGUCAAUAUCUGGUCACAGGAUCUGCUGACGGUUUCAUUGAAGUGUGGAAUUACAUGAAUGGAAAGUUGAGGAAGGAUCUUAAAUACCAAGCUGAAGACGACUUUAUGUUGAUGGAUACCAGUGUCUUGUGCAUGUCAUUCAGUAGAGAUUCAGAGAUGUUGAUCACUGGAGCGAAGGAUGGAAAGAUUAAGGUGUGGAAGAUACAGACAGGACAAUGUUUGAGGCGGUUCGAAACAGCUCACACACAAGGAGUAACAAGUGUUUCCUUCUCCAGAGAUCACAGCUACGUUCUUUCGUCUUCUUUUGACGCUCUGGUGAGGUAUGUGACCACAUGUAAUAACUAUAAUUCAUAUAAUCAGUUUUAUGGUAGUUAUAACAUCUUAUUUUAGAGUUCAUGGUAUGAAGAGUGGCAAAUGCCUGAAAGAACUCCGUGGUCACAGCAGUUUUGUGAUGGAUGCCAAGUACACUGACGAUGGCAAAAAUUGCAUAUCUGGAGCCGUUGACGGUGCUCUCAAAAUCUGGAAUCUGAAGACACUCGAGUGUUUGAACACAUUCAGGAUCGCGGCAGACGUCCCAAUCAACAGUAUCCUACCGAUCCCGAAGUCAGCUGACCAAUUUGUCAUCUGCAAUCGUUCCAAUACCAUCUUCAUCGUCAAUCUACAAGGACAAGUAAGUUGAACUAGUCAAUGUUAAGCCUUUUUCAGCUUGUGAGGUCGUUUACGACCGGUAAAAGAGAACAAAGUAAUUUGCUCAACGCCUGUCUGUCUCCCAAGGCCGAGUGGAUCUACUGUGUGGGAGAGGACAUGGUACUGUACUGUUUCUCGACAUUGGCUGGAAGUCUGGAGUCUACGAUAAAAGUGCACGAGAAACAAGUCAUUGGACUAGCCCACCAUCCCCAUCAGAACUUACUGGCCACGUUUGGAGAGGACUGCUUGUUAAAGUUAUGGAAGGCGUAA